UUAUGCCAUUUCCGAAGCUGGCACGGGUUGGGAUUAAAGGGAAAAAAGGGGAGAAAAUGUUGAUACCUAAAGAGCUGAGAGUGCCUGACUGAAACAAGCUAAACCCUUUAUACAUUUCACAAGCAAGGGUUUAAGAGGUAUCCCAACUUUCUUUUAUACACUGUGCUCUUCAGAAUCCAAAUAUUUUGUUCAGACAUUUCGUCAAACACUUGGCGUGCAGCUCUAGUUCAGAAUAUUUCAACAUCACUUAGGGAUCAACUACUGUCGUAUUCUUACAUGUUCUCCAUUAUACAGUGAAUUUUAGGAAUGACAUGAACUUUUGAGUUUAUAUAUUCAAGUUCCAAUGCGUCGUCGGCUUAGUAUUUUUGGUCAUCACUUGCUUACUAAGUACUCAUAUCCUCUAUGUAAUUCUACUGUAUUACAAGCUGGGUCAUGUAGAUUGAAACCUAGAAAUAAUGGGGUUAUGUUAUUUAGAGCUUUUAUGUACACUUCAACACAUAAUAGGAGGGUCUUGGACCCCGAUGACCCGUCUACCUUAAUGAAGGAGGAUGGUGUUGCUGUUUGUUCACAAAUGUGGAUUGAAAAUUUCCGAGACCCCGAAAGAACAGCUACUAAUUUGGUCAGUUAUUUGAGGAGAUUUGAGUUGUGGGUUUUAGCUUAUCAGAAAGUAUGUGCUGAUGAAAUGGGCGCUUAUAUGCCUCGAAGUGCGGUACAAAGGUCCGCACUUGAGGAUUUGUUGGCUCUUAGGAAUGCUGUUCUUGAUAAUAGGUUUAAGUGGGGUGCUAGGUUGGAGUUUUUUAUUAAGUCACCUAAGGAUAAGACUGAGUAUGAAUCAUUGUCGAAGAGAAAGAUUAGAGCUAUUUUGACGACUACUCAACCGGCUGCUUUUCAAGAUAAGAUUGUUCAGGAGGUUUUGUUUAUGAUUCUAGAGCCAAUUUAUGAAGCUCGGUUUUCGCAGAAGUCGUUUGCAUUUAGGCCCGGGAGGACAGCUCAUACUGUAUUGAGGGUUGUACGGAGGAGUUUUGCAGGUUAUUUGUGGUAUAUAAAAGGGGAUUUGAGUACGGUAUUGGAUGGGAUGAAGGUUGGGAUAGUUAUUAGUGCUUUGAUGCGGGAUGUUAGAGAUAAGAUGGUGAUUGAUUUGGUGAAAUCUGCAUUGGUUACACCUGUGAUCACUAGUCAGGUUGAUGAAGCAGAGAAGAAGAAAAAGGUAAAGAGGAAGUACCAGAAAAAGAAAAUAUUAGCUGAUGAUGAACCAAAGCCUGACCCAUUUUGGCUAGAAUCAUUUUUUGGAUUUGCUCCGGAGGAAGCUGAGAAAGUUCCAUCUUGGGGGCAUUGUGGAAUCCUUAGCCCCCUUUUGGCUAAUGUUUGCCUUGAUGAAUUGGAUCGCUGGAUGGAGGGUAAAAUUAAAGAAUUUUAUAAGCCUUCCAAGAGUGAUGUCAUAUGGAAUGCUCCAGAUGGAGAAAUUGAACAGGGAAAUACAUCCUGGCCAGAAUUUGUUCCCACCAGUGGACCGGAUAAGACCCGGAAAAUUGAUUAUGUACGUUUUGGUGGUCAUAUAUUGAUUGGAGUUAGGGGACCCAGAGCAGAUGCUGCUACACUGAGAAAACAGUUAAUUGAGUUUUGUGAUCAGAAGUAUAUGCUUAAGCUAGACAAUGAGUGCCUUCCUAUUGAACACAUAACAAAGGGUAUAAUGUUUCUUGACCACGUAUUGUGUCGUAGAGUGGUGUAUCCCACUCUUCGUUAUACUGCAACCGGGGGGAAGAUUAUAAGCGAAAAAGGUGUCGGGACAUUACUGUCAGUUACAGCAAGCCUCAAACAGUGCAUUAAACAAUUUAGAAAGUUAAAUUAUCUCAAGGGGGAUAGAGAUCCAGAUCCGCAACCAUGCUUCAGAAUGUUCCAUGCCACUCAAGCUCACACGAAUGCGCAAAUGAACAAAUUUCUUUCUACAAUGGUUGAAUGGUAUAGAUUUGCUGACAACAGGAAGAAAAUUGUCAAUUUUUGCUCUUAUAUUAUCAGGGGAUCGCUUGCAAAGCUCUAUGCUGCAAAAUAUAAGCUCAGGUCACGAGCAAAGGUUUACAAGAUUGGCGCUAGGAACCUAAGUCGGCCUAUCAAGGAGAAAAAAGGGCAGUCACCAGAGUAUCAUAAUUUGCUGAGAAUGGGCCUUGCAGAGUCGAUCGACGGGCUUCAGUACACUCGGAUGUCUCUUGUGCCAGAGACUGAUUACACUCUGUUUCCAACUGGUUGGAGGCCAGAACAUGAGAAGGCUUUGAUUGAAUAUAUAAAGCUUGAUGAUCCAAAAACUCUUGAGGAGCAAAGGCAAUGCCUUAGUGAACAAGGUCUGGUAUCACCACAAGAUUACACUUCUAUGCUGGUGUGGAACUACAAAAGAAGUGCUCUGCCAAAACUAGAGCAAUGUUCUACAACUGAAAAGAGAGAAGAAAUGUUAGUGGAAUCAAAUGAUAAAUCUGAUGACCAACUGGCUGGAGAUGAGAAAGAGAAUGGAAUUAGUUAUUAUGCAGAACAAAUGUGAUAUCUUCUUGCUAAAAGAUUGAGGUUGCAAGAAGAGCUGGUUGUAGGGAUUAAUGUGGAUAGUAAUUUCCCUUCGCUGUUGUCAUCUGGUUACUAAUCCUACACAGUUUUUGCGAUGACAAUGAUGUAAGCAUGGCUGAACUCUCGGACGAUGUCCCAUGUUGACCUACCUAUAUGAAUUAUAUACAAUUUUGAGCACUUUGAGCUAACCCCCACCAAUGGCCAGUGGCAAGAUCUACUGUACAAUGUACAUAGUGAUGCAUCAUAUUCACAUUUAGGUCGCUGCACUUCGGACAACUUGCAUUGUCUCUCAACUCUAUUCUUUAACUGUCUUGUUCAAAUAGGUCUUAAAAUGCAUUGCCUUUGGUUGUUCCUUGAUCUUUCAAGCACAAAGUUGGUGGUGAAACUUGUAAAUAAUGGAAUCAAAGUAAAUUCAAAA